AUGUUCUUGGUGUAUGGAAUCAACCGGUUUGCAAGUGCAGAACUUGUAUAUCGUUUCCUUUUUUUGGUGGUUGCUCGUCCAUUGGUUUCUCUUUCUGGACUGUCUUCGACGAUCCACGCUCCACGCAGACCCUCCAGGCGCCGAAGUCGGCACGACCUUGGCGCCAGGACCAUUGACCGUGGGACUUUGCUGAAGCUUUUGGAUUUGAUUCGGCAGUUGGGUCCACUGGACACCUGGUUUUACUUCUUGAAGGCUGUGUGUGCUCCUUUGCAGACCGCGUUGCCCAUCAUGCAGCAACAUGUGUUGAGGUGUUUGGUCUUCGGCGGGCAGCGGUCGCUGGUCGAUGAGGCCCACGUGGCGGAGAAGAACAGGACGGAGCUCUUGGUCUCGGUGCGGCUGGGACGUCCCACGGGCACACCGCUGGGACAACGUUCCACCCACAUCACCCCCUUGGAGAAGGUGCUGGGUCAUCAACUGAUCACGGAGGGUCUCUGCGAUAUUCUGAUCUCUUGGACUUAUCCCAACAGCUCCCUGAAGCGGAAUUCAUGGGUGAAGCCCGGACGCCGCUGGGUUGCUGGGCAGGGCGCCUUGUUCCAUGGGCCUGACGCCUUGGGGUUGAAGGUGGUAGAGUUCCACCAAAACCGCGCGUGGGCCCCUUGGCACAUCUGGAGUGAUAGCGAGGAGCAGGUAUAUAUUUCUUGUUCUGAUUGUUUUUUGUUGGAGUUUGUGGACUGGUUUGAAUCAAUCAAGGGGUCGAGGCGAGGCGCACGUGAUAGUUCGGAUGCCGGCAGGGUCUGGUUGAUUUGA